AUGGCCACGAGAACGUCGGCUGCCUCCUCGAGGCGGCUAAGUUUGUGCGCGCUCGCACUGCUGGUCGUCGCUGCGCAGGCGUCCAGCAUACGCGAUCUCGAGCUGAUUAACAAGGGUCGCAAGAUCUUCGACUACAGCAAGAACGGCAUCAAGGUCGCCAUCAGGAUCGUGCCCGGUAAAGAUCAGCAGCAGCAGCAUCCAGCCAGCAGCGCGGAUCAGCAGCAGCAGCCCGACAAUUUUCCACCCUUUCCCUUCAGAGAGAUCGGCCGCUGCGCCAUGGAUCUCUCGCUCAGCUGCAUGCAGAAGAGGAUCGCGAGAUUCUUGGAUCAGGUAGGCAGACUGCCGGAGAUCACCCUGAUCGGCCAGAACAUGAAGCUGGUGAAGAUCAAGAAUCAAGCGCGCGACAGGAGCGACGAGGGUAGAUUGCUGCUGCUCGGGCCCAGCGAGAGGAUCGACCAGAGCAUCGACGAGUUCUUCGAUAAUUUCGCCUUGAGGAUCACCCUGCCCAGAUGGAACGGCCAGAAGAAUCAGAUCGACGUGAUGGCCGACGAUACGAGCAGCAACGCCGUCGAAGGCAGAGGCGACAAAGGAGGCGGCGGUGGCGGCAAGGGAGGCGGCAAGGGCGGCGGCGACAGCGGCUGCAAGAAAGUCAUGAUGAUGAUGGCCAUGGGCCUGAAGAUGGGCAUGAUGGGCAUGAUCGGCGUCGCGGCCAUGAAGGGCAUGGUGUUCUCGAUGAUGUCCCUCAUGAUAUCCAAGAUGAUGCUCAUCAUGCAGUUCAUGAGCAAGAAGGGAGGCGGCGGUGGCGGUGGAGGUUUCUUCGGAGGCGGUGGCGGCGGUAGCAGCAGUGGAGGAUACAGCGGGGGCAGCAGUAGCCAAGGCCAAUUGAAAGAAAUUGUUUUACUCACAAAAACCGGAGGCGGCGGCGGGGGCGGCUACGACUACUCCAGCGGAGGCGGUGGUGGCGGCGGCGGCGGCGGUGGCGGCUGGGGUCGUAGCUUCGAUCGUCGUCCAAUGUCUUUCGUCAACGAUUACAUCUAUCCGGACUCGGAGAACUCGGCCUACACCCUCAAUCAGGAUGAGAUUCAAGAGCCACCCUACGAGAUCAAGCCGCUGACCAGCGAAAAGUGGAACGAGGAGGACACGAACUCUUGGAAGUACACCACCGAGCCGGCUAAUUAUAAUCAACAAUUGAAGACUAGUCAAGCCGAACCGGAGCCAAGCAGCAGCACCACCGAGAAGUACGUGUCGAUGACCAAGAGCAGCAGCGUCGUCUCGAGCAACAACAACAAUCGGCCCAGUACGCUGAGGCCCGUUUACGCGUCCCGAUGGAAAAAUUACGAGGAGUCCAAGGAUAGAGUUAAAAAAGUACUUUCAAAAGCUUAG